AUGGGCAGAGGCGGACACGUUAGUGGAUUUGGCAAAUCAUUGCCAGAUAUGUUCAAUUCAGAACAAGCCUGCUACACCAACUUAUGGGUAAGUCUUUGAUACUUGUUUUUGUUUGGUUUUUAGGCAGUUUAACAAGUUUAAUUUGGUGCUUUACCAUGUUGUUCAUCACGGUAAAACUGAAAAAAGCUUUUUUGUUUGUAAUAUUGUUGUUAUUUUUGAUGGUUUUGUACCUAAAAUACAUUUUUUUUUUCAUGUCGUUGAGCUUCAUCAUGUUGUUCAUCAUGCUGAAGGUGGAAAAAUCUUUUUUGUUCAUAAUAUUGUUGGGUUUUGUACCUAAAAUCCGAUAAUAUUGUGAAUACUCACUUUAAAGUUAAAAACUAGUUGAAAUAUAUUGUUUUAGAGCUAUUUUUGGUUUUUUUGAUGAAAGUUCUUGAUAUUUUUGGUUUUGUAAAGAAAGUUAUUGCUAUUUUUGGUUUUCAAACAAAGUUUUUGCUAUUUUAUGUUUUGUAAAAAAAGUUUUUGCGCUUUUUUGUAAAUUAGUUUUUGUAUUUUAAGGAACGACACAUUCACUCUUUUGAGAAGCUCAGAAGUCAUGGAUUCCCUUGUAUGCAAUCGGUGAACGGAGGACCAGAAGAAGCGUUUUUUGGUCAUGAAGUCAAGCACUUGUAUGUCUCGACGGCUCCAUACACGAAGAAGACGUGCUGCAGAUGUAAGACUAGCUUUGAUAUCGAUGAAUACAAAGAUGAAGAAGUGAAGGAUCGCUGUUGUUACCAUCCAUCCGUCAAAGUAACUGGUAAGUUAUUGUUUAUGAUUUUGUUUUGAGUCUAGGUGGAAAUAAUGUAUAAAGAAUGGCAUUUUACAUGGUGUUUUAAUUGAAAUUGAAUUUUGUGACAAAAAUAUUAAAAAAUAGUGUGAUACAUUGUUUUUUGAAAAAUUAAUUUGAAAUUUUACCUUAAAACGGUGAAAUGUUAUCUAAAAAGUUGAAAUAUUAUCUAAAAAAGUAAGGUUAAUUUAAAUUUUUAUUUCUAUCUAACUCAACAUUUAAAAAAACUUAAUUUUUAGGUGAAAUCGAAGGCCGCAACGAGGAGAAGAAGUACCCAUGUUGUCAACAACCAUUUGGAUCUAAAGGAUGCACCAAGAAGCCCAACCACGUCUAUUUCACGCUGACUCCGCCCCAAUUGAAAACAUUCAUCAGAACUCCGGUACCAGCUCCAGGAACAUCGAAAAACAUAUUGAUUUUGGAAGCAUCAUAUGUUUAUACAACAAUCGGCAAGGAAAUCUCGAGGAUCAUUUUGCUCAACUGGAAAGGGAACCUUGUGUUCGACAUGUUUGUAAAGACGGCGUUUUCGAUUGUGGACUUGAACGAGGAAGAGAAUGACCAUGAUGCCGGAAUGUACGAGCAGUUUGCUGAGCCGUGGGAUGUUGUAAGUUUAUCUUUAUGUUAUUUUUUGAAAUGGUGUUUAUGAUAACUAAUUUUUCGUUAUUUUUUAAACUUUGUGCUAUAUUUGACAUAUACCAGUUUUCAAAAGCUUUUAUUGGCAUAUAUUGUAAUGUUUUCUUAAUUUCAGGUUCGGUCCAAACUUUUCGAACUGCUGAACGCCGACACAGUUCUAAUCGGUCACACAUUGGACGUUUUUCUUCGUGCCGCCCAUCUGGUGCACUUGAAGUUGCUGGACACAAGUGUUAUUUACCGUAAUAACAAUCAGAAUGCCCGGUACACCCUCAAAUCAAGUGCAAACCAUCAUGUGAAGCUGGAAAUUGAUGAGAAGAACAUGAAGGACAAAGCCUCGGCCAUCCACAGUCUCACAGCCUUCAGGAUCAAUGACGAAUACCGGCGCAGGUACAACAACAGCAUAAUGGGAAAGAAGUUUUAAGGUGGCUUUAAUGAAUCGAUCUUGUUGUUAUAAUUAUUUAUACGUUUUUUAGUUAUCGGUAGUUUUGUUGUUAGUAAAAAUAAAUAUUUAGAAGUUUCUUGAAAUUAUUUGAAUAAGUAAGGUAAAUUUAUUUAAAAAAUAAGAUUCCAAAUAAAAAUAGAAAUGCUUAUACGACAUACGAAGUCAUGACACGCUCGAUUUUGUCAUAUAUUUGCAUUACGAUGACUCAAAAUGAUAAUCCGAAUUUAUAAUAAAACUGCAUUUGUGACAAAAUAAACACUUGGCAGGUUAAUUUUCAUCGAAUUUACUGACUAUAGUGAAGGAUACCUACAUGCCAUUUUUUUAAUAUGUAAAAUGGUAGAAGAUAUUAAAAUUUUGAAAAGUGUUUUGUAUUUCUUUUGCUCUACUACAAUUCUUUGGCUUUGUAACGGUCAAAAGGUUUACGACGAGAUUCAAUUUGGCAGUAAGUGUAGUAAAUACAGUCACAACUCUUUAUCACGGCACUUAAGGGACUGGUCGAUUUAGUGUAGCAUUCAAGGGACUGCCUCAAACCUGUCCUUCUCUCCUGGUUUUUGGGUGUCACACUACUCAGUUACUGUUUCACAGGGUAACUGGGUAAUGUGAGGUUACGAAUAGCAAGCAAAACGCGGUCGUUACGGGAGGGUGUCACACUAUUGAGAGUAAUAGUUUGUAUUGUAGUUCCUAAAUAUGUAAUAUAAGGAAUCAAUAUUUUCUAAUGAAAAAGAUACUGUUUAUUUAUGUAUUAAGUUUGUGCCUUAUAGAUGGUGGGAAAACAAAGAUGAUGUUUGGAUCGCCAAGUAAGUUAAUAUUCCUACCUAUCGCUAUACAAAAACUUAUUCUUAAGGUCAAGAAUUAUACCUCCAAUUACGUCUAGAAGACGAAUACAUAUACUUGAUACCGCAGGAAUGUGUUCAACAAAACAAAUGUUUUUUGAAUGAUUCUAACAAUUAUUUUGUGCCAAGGUGAAUAUUUCUUUACAUUUUUUAAUUUGGCUUUUUAAUUUAAAGAUAAAGUAUUUUUCUAGUCAGUCAAGUUCAUUUUCGACUCAGCUAAAAAUAUUUGAUGGUUCUGUGACUAAUAGGCCGUAUCCCGUUGGUAUAUGGGCUGAGGACAAUGUUCAGGUUAGUCCUACUCUACCCUAUUUUUAGAUCUAACCUAAGCCCUAGCCUAAGCCCUAGCUUAAGCCCUAGCCUAAACCCUAUCCUAAGCCCUAGCCUUAGUCCUGGCCAAAACCCUAGCCUAAGCCAUAGCUAAAGUCCUAGCUGGAGCCAUAGCUUGAGACCUAGCUUAAGCCCUAGCCUAAGUCCUAGCCUAAGACCCAGCUUCCGGUGUCUUGUCAUACCAACGCUUGGCUCGACAAGGAUCAGCUCAAUCAUAGCCUAGAUAUAUAUCAGUUGCAGGUAUCCUCCCUAGCCCAAAAGCUUCAAUUUGGCCUAGCCGAGAAAUGCCCUUUUGUAGUACAAGGGAAUGGUGUUUUUGGCUUAAGGUUUUCCCAAAAACCGGAAAAUCAUAUAAAUAUCUUACUACGUCAAUUCAAGUACCCAAUUAUUGGCAUUGGUCUUACUGUCGGCUAUUCAGACGCUUUUCCUUAUAAUGGAGAGCUCGUACUGGGUGGAGGAUCAAAGAAGUGCCAAAGAGAAUACCAAUAUGCUCAGGUUAAUACUGUAAAAUACGACUCGUGGAUCUUUGAUGUUCAAAGGUAAGAACUUUCUUUACAAAGCAAAAGAUGGCAAGAACUUUCUUUACAGAACAGAAAAUGGCAAAAAGUUUUUUAACAAAAUGAAAAACGGCAAUAACUUUCUUUACAAAACAUAAAAUGGCAAAAACUUUCCUUACAAGUCAAUCUUUAACUUUCAGAGUAGUAUUUGGUCAAGUAACCUUCACCCAAGAUACUCCGGUAACCUUGGCCAUAGGCCAACGAUAUACUGUAUUCCCACUGGAGUUAUUCAACAAAAUAGUAGUCGAAUUAGACGCCCGACAAGCCGACAGUCAAACACAAACAUAUUAUGUUAGAUAUCAAGGAGUAAAGUUUCCGACCAUUGGUUUCGAAAGCUAUGGAGUCUUGUUGACUAUGUACCCUAAGGAUUAUUUGGGCAAGGUAAGUGCAGGGUGCGGUACUCUACGUUACAGUAAUAUAGGGUAGAGUAGGGUAAGAUAGAGUAGGGUAUGGUAGGGUAAAGUAGGGCAGGGUAAUGUGCAUUUAAAUGCAAAGUGACUGUUUGUUCAAAAAUUGAAAAUUUUUAAUGUGACGAAAUGCCACAAAAAUUAUUGGAAAUUUUAAAGUUUUUAAAUUUGUAAAAAAUGCAUCUUUAACAUAUUUGAAACGUAUUUUAUGUCAUUUUUAACUCAUCCGUCACUUUUCUCAUUUCCAAUAAUUUUCGUGACAUUUCAUCACGUUUUUCUAUAACAAUAUUUUUAGUUGACUCCAUAUGGUUAUGAGCUGCUGAUUCGGCCAAAAAUCGAUUGGGCCAUACCUAAUGACCAAAUAAUAUUGGGUGAUAACUUUCUCACCGCAUACUGUAUUCUACUGGAGUAUACUGUACCUCCGAAAAUUGGAUUUUCAAUGUCAGAGUGUAUACCAGUGGUACCAAACAUGAUAUUUUUGGGGUUUUUGGUACUUUUAAAAGUUUUGGUUGAGUAG